AGUAUUAUAAACGGCGUCAGCGUCGGCCGUUCCCAUCCUGCGGCGACGCUUCCGAAUUCCGUCCAGAAACGGAUCAAAGCCGGUCAUCAAUCGAUUCAAUCCCAUCGAAAGAAAAACGGGAAAGAAAAGAGAAAAAAAACAAAAGACGUAAAGGAAAACAACGGGCGACGCAAAGCAAACUUUAAGGGGAGAAAAAUAAUUGAAGAAAUAAAGAAACAAGUACGACGCGAGCGUAUAUGUUUAUAUAUAGACGAAAGGAUAAUUGAUGUUCGGAUUGGAAAAGCGAUGAGCGCGUGACUUAUUUAUUUAGCGUGGUCGCAAUGAGCGGGACAGGAGCGACGGACGAACAGGAUUCGAGGAGCAUCUUGGAUGAUCAGAGGGUGCCGACGUCGCGACGCCGACGCUUCGUCUCCUGCUUCAAGAUCAGACUGAAGGCCAUCCUCAUGUUUCUGCUGCCAAAGAAAAUCGCCGCUUUCUUCGAGCCGAAACGAGACGUCGUCAAAAUCGAAUCAGCCAUAAAAUCAGCAAUUCUCAUCCAAAGAUGGUACAGAUUGCAUCGGGCCUCAUUGGAGCUGAGGAAACGUUACACUUGGACGAUUUUCCAGAGGAUCGAAUAUUCCAGCGAACAUCAUCAGAUCCAGGUUUACAACUUUUACCGAUGUCUUCUGAACAACAUUCCGAUCGUCAAACAACUUGCCGAGACCAGAGUGGAGAACGCGUCGAUAGAUCUGCUCAACAUGAAGAUGUGGAACGAUGCAGAGGCGCAAAUCCGCGCCGAUAAGAAGUACAAGGGAAUCCACGUAAACUUCCCAAUGCGGAAGGCGGACCUGCACAACCUGAUUCAACACUUCAACGAUCGCAAAAAGCCGAAAUUGCACGCUUGCUAUGUCGCCAAGAUCCUGAUCGAAGCUGUAUUCCAUCUGAGGAAACUGCCCAAUAUUAAUGUACUUCACAUGAACGUCUCACAAGAAUUCACAGUGUGCGGUGAUAUUCACGGACAACUCGAUGAUUUACUCCUUAUCCUGCAAAAGAACGGUUUACCGUCGCAGGAGAAUCCUUACAUCUUCAACGGAGAUUUUGUGGAUCGCGGUAAAUGCGGUUUAGAAGUCCUUCUAAUACUUCUCUCCUGUUUACUGGUAUUCCCCGAGGGAAUGUACUUGAAUCGAGGAAAUCACGAAGAUUUGGCCGUCAACGAGCGAUACGGAUUCUACGCGGAAGUCGAACUAAAAUACCGGCGACACAACAGCAAUCUGUUCAAAUUAUUCGAGGAAUUAUACAGAUGGUUGCCCUUAGCAACUGUCAUCGAUGAUCGAAUAUUCGUGGCGCAUGGUGGGAUUUCCGAUCGCACCGAGCUCGGCAUCAUCAGGAAUGCCAACAGGUCCAGGUUCGAUUCCAUUUUGAGACCAUCGGAAAUGAGCCAAGAGGAUAUGUCCGAAGAGGAUAAGAAGAUUUUCAACGAUGAAUGGACACAGGUCAGGGAUUUGUUGUGGAGUGAUCCAGCUUCUACAGAUGGUUGUGCUGCCAAUAAGAUCAGAGGUGCGGGAACGUUCUUCGGUGCGGACGUUACCGAAGAGUUCCUCCUUCAGAACGAUUUCGAUCUGCUGAUCAGAUCGCAUGAAUGCAAGGCGGAUGGGUUCGAGAUUACACAUCGGAACAAAUUGAUAACGAUAUUCUCGGCCUCAAAUUACUACUCAGUGGGUUCGAACAGAGGAGCUUACUUGAAAAUCUUCGGUUCGGACUUGAAGUACAAGGUGGUGCAAUUCAACGCGAGCCGCGCGAAGAGACUUACCUUCCGUGAGAGGAUCGAUGUCGUCGAAGCUUCGGCCAUCAGAGAAUUGUACAGACACAUCGAGAUCAACAGGACGAAGCUUCUGGUCGCCUUCAACAAAUUCGAUCCUGAUAACGACGGUGUUAUUAGCUUGAAGGAUUGGUGCAGCUGCAUGGAAAAAACGACGGGAUUAUCGUUGCCAUGGCGAUUGUUACGAGAAAAACUUGUUACGCAGGACGAGAGAAGUGAGAUGAUUCUCUACAACUCGACGUUUUCCAAGUACAAAUACUCGUUGAGCAAUAAUGGUGAAGGUGUUAUGGACAUUUUAUACGAUAACAAAGUAAGAUUGCAGAAAAUCUUUCGAAUCAUCGACAAAGACAAUGCAGGUUACAUUUGUUUGGAGAAGUUGCUGGAUGCGUGCAAUGCCAUCAACGAGAGGUUACCGAAUGCGGUGAGCACCGGUGAUCUGGAUGCGUUUUUCAAUUUGAUGGAUACUAAUAAGGAUGGAGGCAUCGAUCUGAAUGAAUUCCUGGAGACUUUCAGGAUAGCCAAUGCAGGAUCAUCGACGAAAGGUGAAUUACCUGAAGUCGUUGGUCACGUUGAUCUGGACCAAGUGGACAUCGUGGAAUCUCCGUAUUCCGAUGAAGUCGAAAUUUAAAUUUGGAAUCACAGAAUUAAGUCUUUUUAAGUAUAUAAAGUCUACAAGUCAAUGGGCCAA